AUGUCUCUCACCGGCGAGGAUCCCCUGCAGCAGAACCCCAUGAUGGGGCCGGUCUCCGGCACGGCCGAUCAGACGAGCAUCGCGUCCGGCGGCAAACACGGCGGAAAGGCGGCCGGCGCUCGCGGGAAGGGAAAAGGAAAGGGAAAGGGAAAACGCGGCGGCAAGACCGGCGGGAAGGCGGGAAGACGCGAUAAGAUGUCGAGGGCCGCACGGGCCGAUCUCAACUUCCCCGUUGGCCGCAUUCACUCCCGUCUGAAGGAUGGACUCAACCGCAAACAACGCUGUGGCGCCUCUGCCGCUAUUUACUGCGCCGCCCUGUUGGAGUACUUAACAUCCGAAGUGAUUGAGUUGGCCGGCGCCGCUGCAAAGUCCCACAAAACUGAGCGCAUUAAACCACGGCAUCUGCUGCUGGCCAUUCGCGGCGAUGAGGAACUGAACCAGAUAGUAAAUGCCACCAUCGCCCGUGGUGGUGUGUUGCCGUUCGUUCACAAGAGUCUGGAGAAGAAGAUUAUCAAGAAAUCAAAACGUGCAGGAUAA